AUUCUAAAUGCUAAACAAAUUACAUCAUUUUCAACCAGCUACAUAAAUACGAAUAUUCAUUUCCAAAGGGCCUCCUCACGAUCGAACCGCUCUCGGGUCUCCCGAGAAGAUCCCCUCCCAUAUGCCGUCCUCUUCUUCUUCUCCUUCUUCUUCCUCUCCCUCUCUCCAUCCCUCUCAUGGCUCAGAGUCCUCCGAAGAAACCGAUAAGGACGAGAACGAGAACCACCUGCUUCUCGGGUUGCUUCGGGCCGCGCCACUCCGAUGAGGUGAGCCCGUCGAAGACCCCGGGCAGCGGCGGCGAGAAGCUGAAGAUCAGCUGGUUCUACUGGUCCCGCUUCCGCUCCAAGAAGUCCGCCGCCAAGACCGUCCCCCUCGUUAAUUCCACCGUCGAGGCCGAGAAGAAAGCGGCCAACGACAUGUUCAACAACGCAGAGGCCGAGGCCGAGGCCAAGGCCAAGUCAAAGUCCAAGUCGAAGCCGGAUAAGAUCAGCUCCAAGAGAAGGCCGGCCGGGCAGGCGACGGCGACGGCGACGGCGACCGAGACGGCGCAUCCGGCUCAGCCGCCGGAGAGCGAGGGGGAUCAAGAGACGUCCGAACACGAAGCUGAAGCUCAUCGAAACGAGACACGAGAGAACCGUACGGACUCCGCUCGGGGCAACACGUGGCACAACCAGAAGCGCCUGUCCUUCUGCCGGAGGAUCGACGCGAUCCGGGCCGGGUCGAGCCAGCCCGGCUCGCCCGACGUCAAACCGGCGAAGCCCUCCCGCUCCUCCGCCGCCGCCGCCGCGAUCCCGCACUCGGCCUCCCUCCCGAUCCUCGACCAGGAACCCCGGCCGGCGCCGCCCCGCCCAGCCCAGUCGCAGAAGAAUCGCAAAGCCCGACCAGCGAUCGGGCCGUCCGGCCAUGAAAAGCCGGUCGACCCGGUGGUGGGGAUGUCCAUAAUCUUGGUGACCCUGGUGAUCAUGAUCCUGUGGGGGCGGCUCUGCGCGAUCCUGUGCACGGCGGUGUGGUUCUACUUCAUCCCCCGGCUGAGGUCGGCGACGGAGAGGCCGGUCAGCAGCGACGGCCCGAACGUGAACGGGCCGGACUUGAACUCGGAGGAGUACAAGAAGAGGGUGGUGCUGGAGGGGCUGCUCGAGAGAAACCGCCGGAGUCCGCCGUGAGUUUUCCCUUUCUGUCAGCUCAAUACGGGUGUCCAUAAAAA